CUUUCUAAAGCCCACCUAUCGGGCAUUUGGGCCGAUACAUUUCGGGCGACCAAAUUUCUCAGCUAUCGGGGGCUAGAGAGCCGAACCCAGAAGCCCGACGGAAUGGGAGACAAAGGCGCUGCUGUCGCCGUUGCAAUUCCACCGCCAACCUCCUCCACCACCGCCGAUGAGGAUGCGCUUCUUAAGCAAUUCUUUGCCGAAGUCAGCGAGGUUGAGCGCGAAAACGAAGUCCACAGGAUACUUUCAUGCUUUAAAUUGAAUCCAUUUGAGUAUCUUAAUCUAUCAUUUGAUUCAUCCCUAGAUGAUGUAAAACGACAAUAUCGCAAGUUAUCAUUGCUUGUUCACCCAGAUAAGUGCAAGCAUCCGCAAGCAAAGGAAGCUUUUGGUGCUUUAGCAAAAGCCCAACAAUUAUUACUUGAUCCACCAGAGAGGGAUUAUAUUCUGAACCAGGUUCAUGCUGCAAAAGAGGAACUAAAGUUAAAGUGGAAGAAGCAGGUUAAAAAAGACAAUGCUGCUAAGUUAAAAUCAUUGGUUUCUGAGGGAAACUCCGAACAAGAAUAUGAACGAUCAGAAGCAUUUCAGCAACAGCUAAAACUAAAGGUUCGAGAAAUAUUAACUGAUCAAGAAUGGCGGAGAAGGAAAAUGCAGAUGAGAAUUUCUGAAGAGGAAGGUCGUUUAAAGAAGGACGAGGAAGAACAGAAAGAGAUGUGGAAAAGGAAGCGUGAGCAUGAGGAGCAGUGGGAAGGGACAAGGGAAAAUAGGGUAUCAAGUUGGAGGGAUUUUAUGAAAGGUGGGAAAAAGGUGAAGAAAGGGGAGAUUCGGCCUCCAAAGCUCAAAACCGAAGAUCCAAACAAGUCUUAUGUUCAGCGACCAGUGAAGAGAGGUUGAAGGCUGCUCCUCGUGCCGAAUUAAAAUUAGUUGUUUAAUCCCAUGUAUCAUCGUCAUCGAAAAUCUUUACUGUAACAUAGAUACUGCACACAAGAUGGAGAUAUUGUUAUGUCAACUUGUUACACAUGUAAGAAAUCCCCUUUCAUUGCUAUGUUACAACAUCUCAUAAGCCGUCUGAGUUUUCUCAUGAAAUGCUAUCCUUAGGACAUCUAAUAUUAGGGUGGACAUUUUUGUUGGGUUUGGCAUUGCUUGGUAAUAAUUUCUCCAGACUAAGCAUGGACAAAAUCCGGUUUCUGCCCGGUUCUGGUCCCGGGCUGGAUGGUCCUGGGGCGGAGAAGGUUGAAUCUGGACUGGCACAUGUUCCUCUGGUUCUAGGCUGGUUUUGGUCCACUGUCCGGUCCUAUUGCAACUUUCAAGACCGGUCUCGAUCCAAUCCUUGUUUGUAUGAUUUUUUAAAUGUAUUGGCAUUAAGCUAUUCAGUAUUAUUUUUAUUAUAGGGUCAC